UUGACUACCAGGAGUUUUAUAAUACGGGACAGACGAAGACAGACGUGUAAUGAUUGACAUUGAUCUCAAACAAAUUUGAUUGAAUUCCACUGUCUUUCUGUCUCUUUUCUCCUCCUCCUUUUUCACAGUUUUCGAUGGGGUGUAAAUCAGCUUGAUGGGUGAUGGGCCUCGAGGAAUAGAAGUUUUUCCUGAUCAUUUUCAAGCAUCAACAUCAGGUGCUCAUUCCUCACAAACUCAGGGGUCUCCGGUUUCUCAUCCAAGACCAGAUUUUGAGUCUGGAAGUCGUGUGUGGGCCCGGAGAAAAUUAAGGACUGCUGCGUCCAUGUUGAACCUGUUUAGCAUUAGGAGGUUGCCGUGGGUGCCAGGUCAGGAAAAGGUUUUGUUAACUGCUCCGGAAGUAGAAUCUCUCAGAACAGAACUUGCUGAUUUGGAGGAAAAGGAAGCUCUUCUGAAAGCACAAUUGGAACAUCUUGAUGAAGUCUUGCGUUCUGCCCGUCUAUCAGGCUAUUUAUACCUGCGAACGAGAUGGGCAACUUUACCUGGUGAACCAGCUCCUAUCGAUGAUGAUACUGAAAUAGAUGACUGGCUCCCACGUUUUCUGGUCCUGCACGGAUCAUGUAUAUACUUGUAUCUUAUGUCAACAGAUUUGAGUCCGCAGGAUUCUACCCUAUUAUCUGAUGUUGUUGAAGUUGGGUGUCUUCCCUGCUUCACCCGAGAAGAUGGGGAACUUCGUCAUAAUUUUUAUAUAUUAACUCGUCAGGGGCUGCGAUAUGAGUGCUCGAGUGUGUCUAAGAUACAGGUCGACUCUUGGUUGACAGCUUUACACGAAGACUGCAUAUUGCAAUCCGACAAAUUAUCUCUUUCAGAUUCAGAAGAAACACAUAAGAAAUUAAAAGGAGAAGAAAUGAAAGUUGAAUCCGGAAGUCAUGAAUAGCUUAUAGUCUUUUACUGAAAGACCUGAAGUUGUAAUAACAUUUAGACAGUGUUAGCACAAUGAAUGGAAUAUAAUCAUGUACAUAGAAUUACACUCUACUUAUGCGCAAAGCAAGUGGAGUUGUAGAUGACAUUUCACAUGAGUGCGUGUUCGUCUUGUAUCACAUUAGUGAUACCAGUGUGGGGUUUUCUAAAUUUUACAGCUUGAUUUGAUUUUA